UCUGGGAGGGAGGCGGCAGCGCGCGCGCGGCUGGCGGGAACCAUAGAGGCGCGCGGGGCAGAGCGGCCCCACCUCGGCCGCCACCAUUGAGGAACCGGAGCGGAGGCGGCGGCGGCCGGAGGGGACGGGGCGCGCCGUGAUGACGUCAGCGUCCACCAAGGUGGGUGAGAUCUUCUCGGCAGCGGGGGCCGCCUUCACCAAACUGGGGGAGCUGACGAUGCAGCUGCACCCCGUGGCCGAUUCCUCACCGGCCGGAGCCAAGUGGACGGAGCCGGAGCUGGAGCUGCUCCGAGCGGCCGUGAAGCGUUUUGGGGAGGACCUCAACCGCCUCAGCGCUCUCAUCAAGGAUCGAACUGUAGCUCAAAUCAAAGCCACAUCCAAGCGCAAAACCUACGAGGACGCCGGUGUCCCCCUCCCCGCCGACUCCCCCAAAAAGGGACCCCGAAAAGGAAUGGGGGGACCCCAAAUUGGGGGCCCCCCCCCACGCCCCCCCCGCACCCCAUGACCUUCCCAGCAAGAAGCAGAAAGUGGCAGAUUUCAGCGACGCCGAAGCCUCCGGGGAUGUGGUGGACAUCGAAGGGCUCGGGGAGACGCCCCCCCCCCCCCAAAAAAGCUCAACUUCGAUCAGGGUACGGGGGGGUCCCCGAUAUCUUUAGGGUCCCCCAAAUCUUGGGGACCCCCUAAAAUUUGAGGGGGGGCUUGUGGGAACCUGUCAAGGGGU